AACGUGAUGGAGAAAGAGAAGAUCGUGGAGCCUUUUAAUGCUGUGAAAAGUGGGGAAAAGGCCAUGGAAACUCAAGAGAGUUGGGCGAACGCGCAAAAGGAAUAUCUGCAGAAGAGAUUGACCUGGGCUCCAAACUGCCCUAUGUCCAAUUUUGACCAGAAUUACCUGCUGAUUAAGGAAGUGAAGCUGCAUCCGUGCUUGUACGAUCCGAAGUACGAAAAGUUCAAUGAUUCGAGGCACACUACUGAAAUUUGGGCAGAAAUCGAGAAGAAAUUGAACAGUAAUAACAAUGUGGAGAAAAUCAUAAACGCGAAAAGACGUUUCGCAUCGCUUUACAAAAAGUUCUGUGAUGUUUACGUGUUCUUGGGCAUUCCGGACAAAGUGAGGCAUUCGCAACCAGCGAGCAAGUUUCAUUACUACCGAGAAAUGGAAUUUCUCAAGAAUACUAUUGAUGCAAAUAAGAAGAGAGCUAUCCGCAAAAGAUUCAUCGUUCCCGGCGAUUCCAACACUUCUCAAAUUGUGCCAGUGCAGAAGCGCCCCGCUGAGGAUGGGGAAAAUGGUCCGCCAAAGAAGAUUAUGAAGACUUCUUCGCCUCAAGAGUCUCAAGAGGCAGAAUCUCCGGCGCCGAAUUCAAGUCAAUCGAUCCAGAUCAACCCAAGUGUCUCUGAGGCCAACGAGAGCGUGAAAAGCACGGAAGCUGCGCCUGAUUUGCCAUGUCCGGAGGCAGGUUUGCAAUUUGCAGCAAAUUUGUCUGUGGACAACAACCUAGAAGCUCCAGAAGUAGAUGCAAAAUCUCUGCCGGAUUUGUCUGUGAACAAAACACAAAGUCCAGAACAAGACCCUGAAUCUUCAGUCAAGUUGACAGCAAAAGACAAGACAGAAAUCCCGGAGGAAGGCUCAAAAUUCACGUCAGAUUUGACUAUGAACAGCACUCAAGAUCCGAAACAAGGUCCAGAAGCUGUGCAAACUUUGCCUGCUAACAAUACGCAAAAUCUACAGGAAGAUUUGCCUGCGAACAACAAUCAAGGCCCAGAAGAACGUCCACAAUCCACGCCAGUUUUGCUUCCGAACGGGAUUUUUGGAGGCGGCAGCGCUCUAAAUCAGCAGCAAACUUCAGUUGUACGACCAAGUUGGCUUGUGAGCAAUGUCUGCGGAAGCGACAACAGCUUGGGUAACAGCAUGCAAUGGCGGGAUUCCUUGCAAAAUGUGCCCCCGAGGAGCAUCGUUCGAAGCACUAGUGUGCUUUGGUCUGCUUUGGGAUCUUCACGACCUCCGCGGAAUAGGUGGAAUAUGAGAAGCAACAACUACCAAGGAUCAGCAUCUCCGGAAAUGAUUAUAUUGCCAGAUUCAGUUCGGACUUUUCGCAGGAACUUCCAGAUGAAUCCAUCCCGCUUCCCAUCAAAUCCGCAGGGAAUCACCGCGACUCCUGCGAUGCGCGAACAACACAUUGACUUCUUCUUCAGGAGCGUCGCCGAUGAGGUGAAGAGAUCCGAGCUCUCGGACAGCGACUAUCUCAAGUUGCAACACACGAUCCUGAACGCGACCAUAAACAAGCCGAAGAUGUGAGAGAAUUGAAUUCGCAGAUCUUGAAAUGAUAACACAAUGAAAAUUGAACACAAUAAAUGAAAUUAUCAAUGAAUCCAUUGUUGCCAAUCAUCAUCAACGUCUUCGGAAAUCCGAAAACAAAUUCGUUAAGUUUUUUUGCGAUCGCGAUUCGCG